AUGAUCCUCUCCCUAGCUGCAGCCAUGAGCAGUGGUGGCCUUCCCCAGAACACUACUUCCUCUGCAACCUUUGAUCCCUCAUCCCUGGACCCCUGGCUUGACCCUUACCCUGACUUCCCUGGGGUCAACUCCUCCUCCACAGUCCCCGUCCGCACCUCCACAUCUGACCUUGAUCUACGACCUCUGACCUCACCCCAGGAUGUCAGCCCAUGGGACGUGGCAUUAUGUGUCACAGGAACCCUCAUCUCCUGUGAGAAUGCUCUGGUCAUUGCUGUCCUGUUCUACACGCCGACCCUUCGAGCUCCUAUGUUCAUCCUGAUUGGUUCGCUGGCGUUCGCCGACCUCCUGGCAGGUCUCGGACUCAUCCUAAACUUUGUCUUCAUCUAUCUGGUCAAGGGAGAGGUCGUGACCUUGGUUUCCACGGGGAUACUUAUCGUGGCGUUCUCUGCGUCCAUUUUGAAUAUCCUGGCGAUCACUGUGGACAGGUACCUGUCGCUGUACAACGCGUUGACCUAUCACACCGAACGGACUGUCCUCUUCACGUACCUGGUAAUAGGGCUAAUCUGGUUGGUGGGUCUGAUCCUUGGAGUCCUCCCUGCCCUCGGGUGGAACUGUCUAGACGACGAAACGACUUGUAGCGUCUGCCGACCAGUCACAAAAUCCAACGCCGUUGCACUCGCCAUCUUCUUCCUAUUGGUCUUCGCAGUCAUGAUGCAACUCUACCUGCAGAUCUGUAGGAUUGCGUUCCGCCAUGCUCAGCAAAUCGCAGUCCAACAUCAAUUCAUCGCUAUUUCCACGACCAAAGGAGUCCAGACACUCUCUGUGAUUCUCUGCGCUUUCGCUAUGUGUUGGUUGCCGUUCGCAAUGUAUUCUAUAGUGGCGGACUCGAGUUAUCCUAUAAUAUAUACAUACGCCACUGUGCUGCCGGCGGCGUGUAAUUCAGUUAUAAAUCCAAUUAUAUACGCUUUCAGGAACCCAGAUAUACAGAAGGGGUUGUGGUUGGCGUGCUGUGGAUGUGUCCCAUCAAAUUUGAGUCUCAGACCGAGGGCGAGGACCUCCAGUGAUGUAUAGGGAACCUGAACAUACAGAAAGUUUGAUUAACUGGCCCAGAGCGUGUGGAGGAUGUUGCCAGGCCAACGGGGAGAUGGGAAUGUCGAGCCCCGGAGAAGGGCUUCUGGCUGCGACCCCUCCAAUCUCUCCCUCCCACCGUACAUCCAGUGAUGUAGAGGUAGGGGUGUUUGGGUCGUCAGAGGAAGGGGAUCCCCCCUCCUCCCCCCUUUCUCUCGGGGUGUGUUGACGUCAAGGCAAGAUGGCACCCGUCCUCGAACCUCUGACGAUGUAUAGAGUGUGGGGUGUGGUGAUGUCAAGGUUCAAAGGUGACUAACAAGGCAAGGUCGACCCCCUCUUAGGACCUCCUGUCUCCAACAAUGUCUAGGUUUGGGGUACGGUGACGUCAGAACAGGGUGGCAAGGAGAAAUGUGGCCCAGUCCACACCUCACCUGCUUAGGGCUGAGACCAGUGUUGGGUGGCGGGUGUGGCUCCCCCUAGUCAUACGUUGAGGAGGCAUGGACUGGACUGAGAAGGUCUGGGAUGCAUUACCCUGGGUCUAGCUCUACCCAAGCUCACUGGAUAGAGAUGGUAGUAGUGGACUGUGACUGUGUGUGGGGCUAAGGUGAAACACUUAUAGGCCUUGACAAUGCUUCUAGCUCAUAAGGUGAGCAUGACUAGUAGAGAGCCUAGUAGGAGUUGGUUGGAAGAUAAGGAGUCUUCAUAAACACAAGAUGAGCCAACUCACUUAUGAUGAGCAAACUAGCCGACCAUGGUAAUGUGUGUUAGGGGUACUAGAGAAAACCUCAAGGGUACUAGAACCUUGAGGCUUUCAGUGAGGUGUCAUUUGAGAGAUUCUUUAAAGCGAGACUCCUUAGUUGCUACAUCCAUUUUUGGACUUACAAAUGACUGAUAUAUACCCAUUGGUUAUUGAAGAAUAUAACUUCUAAAUGCCUCAUCAACAUGUAUCAACUGUCAUACAUUGUCAUUGUUUUAUUUAAGGAUUCUAGCUUUAAACUAUUCUGCUUAAGCUGUCAUGCCCCAAGGAUCGUGUUGCAAAUGAUGACUAUAACCGGCAUUAGAACACCAAUAACAAUUGUUAGAUCCAAGUCACAAGGCUACACAAACAAACAAACAAAACCAAUAUGAAGUCUGAUUCAUGUUUAACCUUAAAGAAAAAACAUAAAUGUUUAGAAGAGCCCAAACUUUUAAAACAUUCCCAUUGCUAUCAACACAAAACAAACCAUUAAACAAACCUACAUUCAGGAGGUACAAAAUAGAAUAAAAGUACUAGAAUUCCUAGAAAUCUACAUUUUCUAUGGUUAUCAUCAUGGCGAGAAAUGCAUCUAAAACAUUCUAAACCUGUUUCAGCACCAUGGACUUCGCCUAGCAAAUCUAGCCACUAUCACCAAGCAACGAGAGCUCAUUUCAGCACCAUGGAUAGCGACCGGGGAGCCAAUGCUAAUAGUCCCUACUAGCCACUGAUGUGAGGUCAGUUUUGUGUUUUCCCAUUUAUUGGUUAAAGUUAGAAUUCAGGAAGUGUAAUCUCAUCCUCAAUCCCUGUCUAAGCUAAGGGAAAUUCUACCCUUGGAGCCAGCUAUUCAGACCGUUGUUUUCACACAGUUCGUAUGUUGUAGGGUUUAAUAAUGUAUUAUAAAACAGCCGUGGCGUUGAGAGAAAGAGGGAGCACAGGCCCAUGAUUUUUAGAUUAACAGGAUCUUCCCAGGCAGACAGAGAGAGAGAGAUGACAAUAUGUGUGUGUCACAGCCGAUGACUCGUGUUUGCAGAAGCUUUGGUCGGGUUCCGUAAUGAUGUGAUGGGUUCUACCUUUCUAAAUGUUGCGAAGGGUUCUAAAUAAUAGCAGAUGUAGAUGACCGUUGGAGGUAUCUGUCAUAUCUAUCAGUUAGCUUAUUAGAAUAGUGUGACAUGCAAUCAUAACAAUUAAUACACAUCUGAAUUAAAUGUAUUAUUUGAUAUCAUUAAUGGAGUUAAAUUUGAAUUUAAACUAGGCCUACUUAGUAUAUGUAGGUUUUAAAGCAUUGAUUCAGCCAGACAAGUUAAACAAUAAUGAUUGAUCAACAUCCAUCUGUCAACCGACAAUGUAAGCAGUAUAUUGAUUAUCCAUCAUGUCAGAUGAACAGACAUCGAUCCAAAUCCGAUAGGGUGUCUAUCAAUAAGAUGGCGAUGCAUGGACGACACAGCACUAGACAACAACAGAACACCAGAACGUUUCCUGAAACACAAAACCAACAUUCCGUGACAUAGGCUCUAGGUUCCAUAUUCAUUAUGUUAUUGGCCUCAUUUCCCCUCUUCAUAUCUAGGUCUCUACACAAGUUUCAAACCACAUGCUCCCUCUCGGCUCUGCAUCUCUGGAUGUCUGCAAUAGAGGGAAGCUGACGUGUCAUAGCCAGCCUCGGGAAGUCUCAAUGGCGCAGCGUGUUAAUAACGACCAAGAUACACUAUACAAGCUGUAACUCGCCUAGCUUUAGCCCUGAUGUGGGUGCUAAGAUGCUAGCAAGCAUGCUCAUUAGUGCUAGGUAUCAACAGCCAUUGUCACCCAAUCCAGCAGGGGCUGGAAGUUACAAUGAGCUGGAAGCGGGGUCACUCACGCCGCAGUGUGGCGUAUAAAGUUUAGCUUUGCCCAUCUUUAUUCCCGCCCUGUGCUCAACGGUCCCCCGUUCACUCUUCACUCUCCUUGCAUUGAAAAUGAAUGGGAAGCCAUUGUUACACCGCACGGUGCUGUCUCUAGUGUAUCCAGGUCAUAAGGUUUUGAUAGGUGAGCCGCCAGGUGCGACGCGGUAGGUUAAUGUGACCCGUGUUCACACAUCGAUAGUUUCACACACACACACACACAGAUUAUACUGAGGUUAGUUUCUCAUGAAAGGGUAGCUUGUAGUUGUAGGCUAACCCGCUGAUAUACAUAGGCCCUUAGUGAUGGUGAUAGCGGUGUGGUAAGAUUGUAGGAUAGUAAUACUGUGUCAUAAUACCUUGAAAUGGCUUCCUUUCAUUGUCUCCUUUCUUACACAAGCUCGGAUAGGUGAAAGUCAAUGGAUAGGUGGUUAGUAAGGAGAGGAGACGAGGAGAGGAAGCGAAUUAAGACUAUUAAGAUGUAGCCCAAACUGUAAAGAAAACAGAUGUCCUUUUCCCUCCAUGACUUCUGAUACUGGAGCUUAUGUGAAAAGACUUGCUACAUUAAGGUGAAGAGACAAGGAGAGGAAGCAAAUCAAUACUAUUAGGAUGUAGCCCCUAACUACAAAUUAAACAGAAAUUGAGAUGACACUUUCUUAAGCAAACUAUUAGCAAACAUGUUUGUUUGUCAUCUCACAACUAUGAUUUUGCAACUGUAUCCACUGUACUGAAAAACAACAACAAUUGUAAAAGACUACUGUGGCCUGUGAGAUGUGCCAGCCAUUGGGUCUAUCGGUCAAUGGAGAGCUGGCUGUCUUAUGAGGGUAAGAGUUUUGCCUAUAGAGCAUAGUGUUUAAAAAUGACUAAAUGAAGGCAAAUUGUACAGAAAGAUUUGGAUAUUGUCAAUGAGUCAUCGUCACUUUUCAAGUGUAUUACACGAUUCCACGCUUUUACUGAAGAGAAAACAUAUCAAAACAAAUAACAAAAAAAUAUAACAAACAAUUCUCAAAAUGUCACACAUACAGGACUGGAGAACUUCUUUAGAAAAUGAUAAUGGCAUUUUUCUACAUUGUAAAGAAAGUGGUGUUUAAAAAAAAAAGGUUUUCUAUUCAGCGGGAUUGACGACCAAAAACAAUCACAUGCUUUCGCGGUUAGCCUGUGUCCCAAAUCGCACCCGAUUCCUUAUAUAGUGCACUUUUGACCAGAGCUGUAUGGGCCCUGCAAAAGUAGUGCACUGCUAGCUACAAUCGAGAGAGAGUGUUAACUGGACCUAAAUGCAGAGAGAAUAUAUUCAAAUCAAACUCUCACUACCUUAAACUUUCAAUAAUCAAAAAUAGACAUAAAUAUUGGUUAGCAUAUAUCAACAAAAAAACAUUUUUGACCACCAUAUGACUGAUUAUAAAUCGAGAUAUGUAUUACCUGCUUGUGUCAGCCUUUAAAUGCACAAAACAACAGAUGUAUAUUGGGGUCUGCUGUGUACUCCUCUCUCUUGGGGUGUAUUAACUAAGACCAUUAAAACAGAACCAAACGGAAGCAGAAGCAAACGGCGAUGGACCAACUUGAAUUUGUUUUUGUUGCAAGACAUUUUACGUUUGAAGUGAAACAUUUCAGUUACAAAGCAUUUUGCUACCAUUUCUGACUUAAUGAAUACACCCCUGGUCACUCUCUGAUGGAAACGUGCAUAACCACUGUGGUGAACACUCAAAACUCUGUGUUCUUAUGUGAGGUGCGUCCUCCGAUGUCAUUGAAUCCCAUUUGUGAAUAUACCACUCUGUUAUCCCUGUAGAACGGGGGUGGGACUACCUAGCACCGUGUGUGUGUCUGUCACCCCCUUGUUCAUAUUGCCAAUACUGUAUUGUAAUGUGAUGUAACAAAAAACAGACACUGUAAACAGGAGAUGGUCAGGCUCCUUUCCUGGAGGGCUGCAGCACACCUGUGGCCUGUUCAUUUGGGAUUUGGGCACGCAACGGAAGACAUUAUAAAACCCCUUGCAAAAGUCCAGGUAGUUCCUUCUAGUUUCAGUCCAUUUUCUUCCAUUUGGUGCCUAAUGAUCACGACCCAGCUGAUCCUCAUCCUUGACUUUAAAUUAGUGUCAUUAUUUACACAUGGGAAACCAUGUGUGAGCACUUUAUAGCAAUCAUUGACGCUAAUUUGUUAAUUGGUCAAUUAACUGAGGAAUGAAAACUGCAGCAGACACUGUGGCUCUCCAGGAUAAAAGCUUCCCUUUCUUAUUCAUAAACACAUCAAGAUGGGCCACACAUAUUGCUGUAGGCAUACCUUUAUAAUCAAAUCAAAUUGUAUUAGUCACAUGCGCCCGAAUACAACAGGUAUAUAUAUAUACAACAAUAUAUAUACCUUACUGUGAAAUUCUUCAUGAGUCCCUAACAAUGCAGUUUAAAAAAAUAAAAAUAAAAGUAAAAGUAACAAGUAAUUAAAGAGCAGCAGUAAAAUUACAAUAGCGAGACUAUAUACAGGGGGUAUCGGUACAGAGUCAAUGAGCUGGGGCACCGGUAGUUAAUAUAGGUAGAGUUAUUAAAAUGACUAUGCAUUGACAAUAACAGAGAACAGCAACAGUGUAAAAGUAGUCUGGGUAGCCAUUUGAUUAGAUGUUCAGGAGUCUUGGGGGUAGAAGACGUUUAGUAGCCUCUUGGAACGAGUUUUGGCGAUCCGGCACCGCUUGCCGUGCGGUAGCAGAGAGAACAGUCUAUGACUAAGGUGGCUGGAGUCUUUGACAAUUUUUAGGACCUUCCUCUGACACCGCCUGGUAUAGAGGUCCUGGAUGGCAGGAAGCUUGGCCCCAUGGAUUUACUGGGCCGUUCGCACUACCCUCUGUAGUGCCUUGCGGUCGGAGGCCGAGCAGUUGCCAUACCAGGCAGUGAUGCAACCAUUCAGGAUACUCUCGAUGGUGCAGCUGUAGAACCUGUUGAGGAUCUGAGGACCCAUGCCAAAUCUCUUCCGUCUCCCGAGAGGGAAUAGGUUUUGUCGUGCCCUCUUCACGACUGUCUUGGUGUUAUUGGACCAUGUUAGUUUGUUGUUGAUGUGGACACCAAGGAACUUGAAGCUCUCGACCUGCUCCACUGCAGCCCCGUCGAUGAGAAUGGGAGUGUGCUCGGUCCUUUUUUUCCCUGUAGUCCACAAUCAUCUCCUUUUUCGUGAUCAUGUUGAAGGACAGGUUGUUGUCCUGGCACCACACAGUCAGGUCUCUGACCUCCUCCCUAUAGACUGUCUCGUCGUCGUCGGUGAUCAGGCCUACCAUUGUUGUGUCAUCGGCAAACUUAAUGGACGGUGUUGGAGUUGUGCCUGGCCGGGCAGACAUGAGUGAAAUAGAUGAUAUGAAUUAUCUUUCUAUAGGCUCAACACAAUCUCUUCAGGAGGGAAAAGGAGUGUGGUUAUUUUUCUUAUGCAAUGCUGUACAGAAACGUAUAUUUUUUUAUUCGUCGUCAGGGCAUGAGUUUUAACAAACAUGGUUGUUACAGUGUGUGCGACGUGUGUGUGUGUGUGCGUGUGUUUGUAUUAUCAAUGGUCAAAAUCAUUUUCUUGAAACAACGUGUGUUGAUUUAUGCUAAAAAGUGCCAUACUUCUUACCCUAUUACUGGUGUCUUAUUUUGGUUGAUGUAUUACCUGUAUUGAUCGUGUGUGCGUUUGUCUCAUGUAUUUCAAGGUAAAUGCAUUCACGAGCUAUGAAAAAACACGACAGCCUAUCACGAGCUAUUAAAUAACAUGAUAGCCUAUCACCAGCCAUGAAAAAACGUUACAGCUUAUCACGUUUGAUCUUGUGUACAGAUGAUAUAGAAAAGACAAGAGCACUAAAACCAAACUGAUCUAGGAUCAGCUACCCUCCCUGUCUCUCCCCAACAGAAACAGAAACCAUAGGAGGGAAGACACAAAACCUGAUCUAGGAUCUUACCCCACCCCGCCCCAAUCCCUACGUAAUCAUAGGAGAAGAGAGCACUGAAAAAUUACCUUGAAAAUAUGAGCUAAAUAUGAGUUAAGAAAAAAAGCAAUCGAGGACCUUUGUGGCAGCAAAAAUUGCCAAGAGUAUAUUUAUCGGUGCUCUGUGAACAACAAUGUGGAAUACAGGAAGUACCUAAACUCAUUGGCAAUAUUCACCAGAGUAGAGCAAACACAUUAACUUGCCAUUCUGAGAGCACAUUGCCAAAAAAUACACAUCAAUAGACCUAAUUAAGAUACAAAACAAUCUUUAUUGAGCCAUUAUACAGAGAACAGAAAAAGCAAGAUGGACUUACAUAAAAAGAAGAAGAAAAAAAGGGGGGGGAAGCAGGAAUGAACGUCACACUGUCUAUCUGGUUACAGGUGACGUCAUUGCUGAGAAGAGAAGAGAGGAAAAGGUCAUUUCAAAGACACGUUCUGCCUGCUUCCCAAAUUGAACCCUAACCCAUAUAUAGUGCACUACAUUUGAUCAGGACCCACAUAGGGCUCUAGUCAAAAGUAGUGCACCACAUAGGAAAUAGGGUGCCAACGUAGUGCACUUUAUAGGGAAUAGGGUGCAAAAGUAGUGCAAUACAUAGGGAAUAAGGUGCCAUGUCAGACUGUGCUCCUCUCUCUGUAACAUUUCACAAAUCCUACCCAGAAAUAAAUCUGUCUCCAAACUAUAAAUAGCAAGUUGAAAGUGAUGUUUACCCCCUGAGCAACUUGAAAAUCCUCUCAUUGCUCCAUUAGACAAGAAGCGUCUCUCUCUCUGUCUCUCUCUCUCCCCCCACCCACCUCUCCCCUUCAUGCCCAGCCUACCUGCCUUUCUCCUCCUCCUCUCUCUCCUUCUUUCUUUCUCUCUGACAGAUCUGAGAAUAAUGUAAAGCUGGAUUCUGUUUCGAAUGCUUUUGCUGCUUUACAAAAGAACCCCACUAAACCUAAGCCACCUGCACUCAUGUGAAAAUGUGUGCGUGUGAAGUGCUUUCAGCACUUGGAGAAGCAUUAUAAAUCCCAUUCAUGACAACUUUAGAACAUUUUAAAACGUAAUGUUGGGCUAUUUUCUCUCCCUGUCACUAAGAUAAUGUAUAUAGCAGUACCUGAGAGCUAAACUUCACUGGGACCAUGUAUGGCCUUCACAGAUUAAACAGUGUUUAUGGUGCAUUAUAGUUGUUUCUUGGGGUGAAUCCUAACUUCCACAAGUUUUCACUUAGUCAUGCAUUGCUGUCAACCGGGGACUAAGUGAAAAUGCAACUUAUGUAAGUGGAAGUUAGGAUUUGUCCCUCAUAGACUAAGGAAGUCAGGCCCUGAGCGAAGGAUGUGAUUGGGUGAUGAUACUGUGAUGUAACAGAGCUAACAUAUUGUUGUUGUUCUUACUGGCUAUGUCCCAAAUGACUCGCUAUCUCCAAUAGAGAGCAAUAGUAAAAUGGCGUCUUUUUGUAGGCACUAACUCCGCGAGGGACAUAAGACUAUGUGGGGAAUAGGGUGUCAUUUGUGACAUAGCCCAAAUCAUGUUUUUAUUUUCUUCUUUGUAUUGUGAAAUAUCAAUGUGAUGAUGACAAAGUACAAUGCACUUCAUGGUUGUCUUCCAAAUGGCACCCUAUUCGCUAUAUACUGCACGACUAAUUACCAGAGCCUUAUGGGCCCUGGUCAAAAGUAGUGCACUACAUAGGUAAUAGGGUGCCAUUUGGGAUGCACUUUAUGAGCGAGACAAGUUACACAUUGCACUAUAAGUGUUGAAUGUAUAAUAAUACUAAUAUUGCCGACAAAUUCUUUAUUUUUCCUAUUGCAAAUAAAUUCAAGAAAUCAAACAGAAAAAAAACAAGUGACAGUAAUUUGUCAAAUAAACUGAUAAAGAUGAAAGAAGCUAAAUUAUUUUUGUAUGCUUGUUGCUUCGCUCUCUUGCACAUUUCACUGUCUGUUGGGUCGAGUGCGUGUGUGUGCAGAUAGUG